CAUAAAAAGCGCCAUCUUGUGUGACUUUUAUUUUGUCCUGACAGUGACGUGUUUUACUUCGGUUUUCGCUGUCAUGCAGAUUUCGCCUCAUGAGUUUAAAAGAAAAAAAAAAACAUCCGUCAUAUGUGUAAAUAAUUACAUACAGUAAGUAAAAGAUAACACUACACUUCAUUUACGUGUGUGUGUGAGAGAGAGAGGACAUGGCGUGUUCCAGAGCUCCGUUAGAUGAGCAGCAUGUGACAGAAGUUUCAGGACCUCAAGGCAGAGAGAGAACACUCCCAGCUCUGCACCCUGAGCGUAAGGAGGACCGGGGGUUUAUACCAUACUCUCCACCCCUUGAAGAUCACUCACCUGCUCAGGUGGAGGAGUUUUUGGAGCAUGCUCAGUUCAUCUCAGAGGAUCUGGAGUGGCUGCUCUCUUUACCUCACGACAAGUUCUGGUGUCAGGUGGUGUUUGAUGAGUCUUUACAGAGGUGUUUAGACUCGUACUUGCGUCUAGCUCCUCGUGGUAUCGACUCGUCCUGUCUGUCUUUUACACCUGCUGUGUCUGAGUUACAGCGCCGUCUUCAUCGCUCCGUCUUCAUGGUCUUCCUCAGGAUGGCAACGCACAAAGAGUCUAAGGAGAACUUCAUCACUCCUGCUGUGUUUGGAGAAAUUAUCUACGACAACUUCCUCUUCGACAUUCCCAAAAUCUUGGACCUGUGUGUGUUGUUCGGCAGAGGAAAUUCCCAUCUGCUGCACAAAAUGAUCGAGAACAUCUUCACACAGCAGCCCAGUUACUAUGGCGACCUGAAUGAGACUGUUCCCUCCAUCAUACAGGUGUUUAACACCAUACUGGAGAAAUGUGGACUGCAGUCAGGGGACAUUGCUGACAAUGAGCCUGUCAAACUCAACGCACACACACGCUUCACUGCCAUGACCAUGAGAGAGGAGGAUCUCUCUGACCUGGUGUUCUACCUGUGUGACACCUGCACCACUGUUCACUGCUUCCUGGACAUUUUUCCUGAAGCGUGUCACACCUUUCACAAGCAUGGCUUCCUCAACAGACUCUCCUCUUUCUAUGAGGCAGCGGUGCUUGAUAUGGAGAAAGCAGUGAGGAAGAGGAUCUUUGAUAAAUGUGUACAGGAGGAUCUGUGGAGGAGGCUUUCUCACUCCUGCAGGAGAAUGGUGGAUAUCACACACGUACUGCUCCAACACACCUGUCUACAGCCCAUACUGGAGGGCUCUGAGAACACGGCCACUCAUGUGGAGGAAUUUCUCCAAAUCUUCACAGCAUUCCUACAAGAGAAAAGGUUCCUGGCUGAUUAUGAUGAGGUGUAUCCUGUAGUUGAGGACAUCAGUCUCCUUCAGCAGGCCUUCCCUCACCUAGACGACACUAGGACAUCGUACUUGUUGCAUGCCGUCGAAUCUGCUUGGGAGAGUACAGGAAAGAAAAGACCUCACACCCUGUCAGCCAAUCACAAUGCAGAAUCCAGCAGCAAUGCAGACUGGGAUACCCGCCCCUUCCCGAACCUGGCAGAAGAAAAGGGGGCGGAGCUAAAGGGGGCGGCGUGUAUGAUUGACGUUCCUCACAAGGGAGAUAACGGGGCAGUGUGCAGUUUGAGUGCUGGAGAGCUGGAGUCUCUGCUCUCUCACAUCAGAGACUUGCUGCCAGAUUUAGGUGAGGGCUUUGUGAUGUCUUGCCUGGAGACGUACGGCUACGAUGGUGAACUGGUCAUCAACAACAUCCUGGAGAACCGCCUGACUCCUGAGCUGAGGAACCUCGACAGGAACAUGCCAAGACUGGUGAAGGAAACUCCGCCCCCUGUACUCAGCUCCAGAUCCAACGUGUUUGAUGAUGACGAGUUUGACGUGUUUUCCCGGGAGAAGGUGGACAUGAGUCGUGUGUGGAGGGGCAGGAGACAGGGAGCGAGCACACGUGAUAUGCUCAAUGACAAACAACACAUUAAUGAUCAGAGGGACAGAUAUCGCUCCUACCAAACUGUUGUGGAUGAGGUUCUCAUAGCAACGGACAGUAACCAAGACAACGCUUAUCUCAUUAAUGACUAUGAUGAUGAAUAUGAUGACACGUAUGACAUCAACCAGGUGGGAGCCAACGACCUGGACGAGGACGCUGAGCUGCUGAGUCGCAGGCCAUUUACAACCCCUCUGGUGCUCAGAGCCUCAGCAAAGCGGGAGGAAGAGGAGGAUGAAGGAGAGGAGGAAGAGGAAGAGGAGAAGGAGUCAGCAGUAAAGCGGGAUCAGUUUGUGCAGGACCCAGCUGUGUUGAGAGAGAGAGCCGAGGCCCGACGAGCCGCCAUGCAGAACAGGAGAGGCUACAGAGCUCCACCCCCAAACAAUGUGGUGGGCGGUCCGAAGGGGCGGGGCCAGACACAGGAGACACUCAUCGAUCGCCGCAAGAAGGAAGCACACAAGGGACGAGGAGCCAAUCACAGUCGUCGAUCGCUGGCAGACAGGAAGAGGAACAAGGGCAUGAUCCCAUCAUGAUGCACUUCUGUUGCCAUGGUGAUGCAUAUCAUCACCUAGUUGCCAGAUAUUUGCCUUUUUCCACCAGAUUUUUAUUAACAUAAAGACAGGAUUGUGUCCUGAUCCAAUGUGACUGAGAUGCAACCAAAACCCCUUCAGCACUUUAUUGUGUUCAAGGAAAAGAAUUAGAUUUAAAUAUAAACUGAUGGAGGAGCGGUGAUGGAGGAGCGGUGAUGGUGUGAUGGGACAGAGAGGUUUAUUCCACACAGCUGUAGUGAUGUGAUCAUGUCACACUUUAUAUCACACGAAUGCAGUAGCAGUUUCUCUCUGAUUGUGACGUUUAUCACCAUAAACCCUAUAAUCUGUGUUCAGCUGUAGGACAAAAGGACUAGAGCACAAACAAUGUCCUUUAAUAACAAAUACAUUCAUUUAGAUUUAAAACUGCUUUAAGCUGAAAGUGCUUUGCUCCAAACAUCUGCUUCCCACUCACACUUUCUCCACACAGGCUCUGUGUGGCUCCGCCCCCAUGCAGGCCACCUCCUACCUCAUUCUGAAGUAACCAUGGCAACAAUAUUGUGAUUGCAAUGAGAUGUUUCACUGAUUAUUAACUGACAGGAGCACUUCUGAUUAUCACCAUGUGAAAUGAGAGCGAGAGCGUUCAAGAGUGUGUGAGAGUGAGAGCGAGCGUGAGAGAGAGAGAGCGUGUGAGAACAAGAGAGAGAGAGAGAGAGAGUCGCCUUUGAGAACUUCCACUUUUACAAAAACACAUUUUGGAAAAUGAUGUAAACUUCAAAUUGGAAAUAAUAAAUACUGUUCUGAAGACA